AGAGACUCCCCCACCUCCAAAGGAGGGAGUGAGGAGCACCCAGGCCACAGGAUACAACUCUGGCUGACACUACACAAACACUCUGCACAAAUCUUUAAAAACACCCUUGUCCCCCUGUGUCACCUGCUGAGGGAUCUUGGGUCCUGAUCACCUCCUAAACCUGGAGGUGGGGCAUAAGCAGGGCGGAGUCACAGGGGAAAGGAAACUAGGGUGCCUGGGUCCACACCUAGGUCUGCAGCGAUGUCUCCACCACCGCUGCUGCUGCUGCUGCUGCUGCCUCUGCUGAACGUGGAGCCUGCUGAGGCCACACUGAUCCGCAUCCCUCUUCGCCGAGUCCAUCCCGGACGCAGGACCCUGAACCUACUGAGGGGAUGGGGAAAACCAGCAAAACUCCCCAGGUUGGGGGCCCCAUCCCCUGGGGACAAGCCAGGCUUCGUGCCUCUCUCCAAAUUCCUAGAUGCCCAGUAUUUUGGGGAAAUUGGGCUUGGAACGCCUCCACAGAACUUCACUGUCACCUUUGACACCGGUUCCUCCAACCUCUGGGUCCCAUCCAAGAGAUGCCACUUAUCCAGUGUGCCCUGCUGGUUCCACCACCGCUUCAAUCCCAAUGCCUCCAGCUCCUUCCAGCCCAAUGGGACCAAGUUUGCCAUUCAGUAUGGAACUGGGCGGGUAGAUGGAAUCCUGAGUGAGGACAAGCUGACUAUUGGUGGAAUCAAGGGUGCAUCAGUGAUUUUUGGGGAAGCUCUGUGGGAAUCCACCCUGGUCUUCACUGUGUCCCGCCCCGAUGGGAUAUUGGGCCUCGGUUUUCCCAUUCUGGCUGUGGAGGGAGUUCGGCCCCCGCUGGAUGUACUGGUGGAGCAGGGGCUACUGGAUAAGCCUGUCUUCUCCUUUUACCUCAACAGGGACCCUGAAGUGGCUGAUGGAGGAGAGCUGGUCCUGGGGGGCUCAGACCCAGCACACUACAUCCCACCCCUCACCUUCGUGCCAGUCACAGUCCCUGCCUACUGGCAGAUCCACAUGGAGCGUGUGAAGGUGGGCCCAGAGCUGACUCUCUGUGCCCGGGGCUGUGCUGCCAUCCUGGAUACAGGCACACCUGUCAUCAUAGGACCCGCUGAGGAGAUCCGGGCCCUGCAUAAAGCCAUUGGGGGAAUCCCCUUGCUGGCAGGGGAGUACAUCAUCAGGUGCUCAGAAAUCCCAAAGCUCCCCGCUGUCUCCCUCUUCCUUGGGGGGGUCUGGUUUAAUCUCACCGCCCAGGAUUACGUCAUUCAGUUUGUUCAGGGUGACUUCCGCUUCUGCUUGUCCGGCUUCCGGGGUUUGGACAUUCCUUCGCCUCCAGGACCCAUGUGGAUCCUCGGCGACGUCUUCUUGGGGGCGUAUGUGGCCGUCUUCGACCGCGGGGACAUGAAAAGCGGCGCCCGAGUGGGCCUGGCGCGCGCGCGCACUCGCGGAGCUGACCUGCGAGGGGGACAGGCAGCUCAGGCGCAGUUCCACGGGUGAUACCCAGGCGUUGCGCAUGCGCAGCGGGUAGCAACGCUAACGCUACUCAAUAAAAUCCAGUAUUUCCAUUGAACAAA